GAUGAGUUCCACUCCCGAUUGCGAUUUAAUCGAAGAGGACUUGUUGCUAUGGCAAAUGCUGGGCCCCACGAUAACGGGAGUCAAUUUUUCUUUACGUUGGGUCGUGCAGAUGAACUUAAUAACAAGCACACAAUCUUUGGAAAGGUUACAGGGGAUACAAUAUAUAAUAUGUUGCGCCUGGCUGAAGUAGAAGUUGACAAGGAAGAGAGACCUCUCAGUCCACACAAAAUAAGAAGUAGUGAGGUUUUGUUUAAUCCUUUUGAUGACAUUGUUCCAAGACCAAAUAGAAAACUGAAGAAGGACAAACCAGAAGAAGAAACUAAGAAGUCCAAAGUAAAAGGCACAAAAAAUUUUAACCUGCUUUCCUUUGGGGAAGAAGCUGAAGAAGAAGAGGAGGAAGUCAAUAGAGUUAGUCAGAGCAUGAAGGGGAAAAGUAAAAGUAGUCAUGAUCUACUGAAGGAUGAUCCACAUCUAAGUUCAGUUCCUGCUGUCAAAAGUGAAGCAGCAAGUGAAGAAAGGGAUUUGAGUGAAGAGGAAGAAGAACAUGAUGAGGAUGCUGAUAGUGUAGAAGGUGAAGCUCCUAGCAAUGACAGAUUUCAAAUAAAAGAACGCAUUGCCAAGAAGUUGAAAAUUGAUACAAGUGAAAAUGCUAAACAGCAACUGCAAGAGGAAGAAACUAAAACAGAAAAGAAAACAAGUAGUCGCAG